UAUAAUACUUAUUUAAUGAUUUAUAUAAGAGCAAUAAAAGGGCUUAAUCUAUAAUACUGAUAUUUUCCUGAGCAUGAAAUAUAAAAAUCCUCAAGACUGAAAUUUGCUGACUUGAUGUCUUAUUCAAGUUUUAUUCACAAUGCUAUGGCCAGUAGGGGUGGCAGUGACACCUCAAGUGUGCCAGUUUAAAAAAAAAAAAAGAAAGAAAUUGCGUUUACUUGCACUUUCACUUAAUCCAUCCGGAUGAUUUCCACAAACAGAGAAGAAAGAAAGUCACACACAUCUGGGAUGGCAUGAGGGAAAGGGGCCCAGAGCAAUAUACUGUCAGGUGGCCCAGAAUACCUUGCUUCCAGGACUUAAAGUCUUCUUAAGGAUAAGAACAUAGAAGCCAAGACUCUUGAAUAAUGGAUCAAGAGCUAUGUGUGGUUGUUUUGGGUUCCCAGCCCUUAGAGAAAGCAUCAGUGAUAAACAGUAUUUUAGGAAAUGAAGUUGAGUCUGGCAGAUUCUUCGUGAAGUCUGUGAGGAGAGACGGUGAAGUGAAUGGAAGAAAUAUCACUCUGAUUAACACACCCUGCUGGUGGACAGAAUACAGUAUGAAAGACUCUCCAGAAGUUGUCAAACAGGAACUGGUGUGCAGUGUCUUCAAGUGUCCACCAGGACCUCAUGUUUUUCUGCUGGUUAUUGAUCUCAGUUUGCCUUUUACUCAAGAACACAGAAUCAGCAUUGAGGAACAUCUUAAUCUCUUUGGAGAGAGAAUCUGGUCACACAUCAUAGUGCUCUUUACACGAACAGUUUCACUGAACGACAAAUCCAUUGAGAGUCAAGGAGAAGAUCUGCAACAGAUCAUACAGAGAUGUGGAGACAGAUACCACAUUUUUAAUAUUGAAAAUAAAGGAAAUCGAGUUGAAGAACUGCUUGUUAAGAUUGAUGGUGUUGUGACUGUAAACAGUGGCAAACACUUUGAAACUGGUGAUGAAAAACUUCUUGAGGUGCAGAAAAAGAGAGAAGACAUCCAAGAGAAAGCAAAAGCUAGACGAUUAAAGGUUCAGGAGAAAAGAGAACUGCUGACAGAAAAAGGAGAUGUGUUUCCAUUCCUAAAACUGAGGGUCGUCCUGCUGGGGUGGGUUUUUUCUGGGAAAAGUUUAGCAGGAAACAUCAUCUUCAAUGAUAAUAUAUUUGAGACAGGAAGAACAAAAAAGUCCACAAGUCAUUGUGGUGAAGUGAAUGGAAGACAAAUAUCUGUGACGGACACACCAAGCUGGUGGAAGUAUUUCUCAACUAAAUUCAAUCCAGAGUUUGUGAGGACUGCCGUCCAAGAGGGUUUUUCAGCAAGUGAGAAAUAUCCAAAUGCCAUAAUCUUGAUGAUUCCAGGAGACACGUCAUUUAAGAAUGAACAAAAACUGGUCAUCAAAGAGUACAUGGCCAUUUUUGGAGAGGACAUCUGGAGACACACCAUAGUUUUGUUCACUUGGGCUGACAGAUAUCCAGACAUCUCAAUCGAGGAGCACAUUGAGAGUGAAGGUGAUGCCCUCCAGUGGCUGAUUGAGAAAUGUGGGAACAGAUAUCACGUCUUUGACAACACGGACAUGAAGAAUCGAGAUCAAGUCACAGAGCUGCUCCAGAAGAUUGAUCAGAUGGUGGCAGAAAACUGUUUGUUUCGUCUCGACACUAAGUGUGAUGCAGAAAUGAAUCUUCAUAAGACUGACACACAACAAGAUCUGGAUUUAGAGGAGGAAAUAAGUCUGGAUCCACAGCAUGUGCUGAAAAUACUAAGUGAGGAGCUGAACAACAGAUUUGAGGAGAUAAAAAAGAAGACAAAAGAACUAGGGAAGGAUUUCAGUGAACAUCUAGAAUAUGCAAGUCAGAGAAGCUUGCCAAACCCUCCAGAAUUUAGAGAGGAUGAAUCACCUGAACUGUUGGAGACACAAUGCAUGAUCAGAAAACCUCUGCAGGAUGAUAAGCCAGUCGAUGAAAAACUUGCAUAUCAGAUUAAAAGGGAAGGAAACAGAUGGGAAGCCAUUAUAAUGGAGGGAUUCUUGAACAUUUUGAAGAAUUCUAAAGCAACAUGUGAUGAAAAUGUGAUCCAGAGAUCAGAGCAGGAGGUGUGGAAGUGGCUUCAAAGAUGUGAGCAAUACAGCACUUCUGGAUAUGAAACAAUGUCCAAUCUCAGUGAUCCAGCAGAAGAUCCACAGAAUACAGACAUAUCAGAGGAUACAGUGAAUCUUCAACAAAAUCAAACUACCUACGAUAUAUGUUCAGUAAGUCUUCGAGUGUUUUCGGAAGAGAUGGAGAAGGGGAGGGUUGUGAAAUUGCACACAGACCUGAUACUCAUCAUUAGCCGGGUGAAGAUGGAGCGGUCUAAAUCAGCAUUUGACCGCUUGAUGUACAAAGAUAAUUUCCCUUUUAAGAUUGGGUAUUGGGUAAACGACUGGAGCUUCACGUACGUAGGAAGAGCAGAUCUUAGGGUUGUUUUUCUGGGAUAUCAGGGGUCGAACAAGACAUCCAUCAUUAACAGCCUCAUAGGAGACAAUAAGGUUGAAUCUAACAGAUCUCAUGUCACAUCUGUGAAGCGAGACAGUCCAGUGAAUGGAUGGACAGUCACUUUUGUUGACACUCCAGGCUGGUUUAGAGUGUUCAAGUUAAGAAACACGACAGCGGUUCUGAAACAGGGACUAGUUUGCAGUGUCUUCAAGAGUCCACCAGGAUACCAGGUUAUCGAUCUCAGUUUGCCUUUUACUCAAGAACACAGAAUCAAGAAAACAGGACAAGAAUUUAUCAUGAACCAAUCUAGUUCCAAUGGGCAGUUUGAUCUCAGGGUUAUUUUUCUGGGAUGUCAGGGGUGGAACAAGACAUCCAUCAUUAACAGCCUCAUAGGAGACAAUAAGGUUGAAUCUAACAGAUCUCAUGUCACGUCUGUGAGGCGAGACGGUCAAGUGAGUGGAAGGACAGUCACUUUUGUUGACACUCCAGGCUGGUUUAGAGAGUUCAAGUCGAGAGACACAACAGCAGUUCUGAAACAGGAACUGGUGUGCAGUGUCUUCAAGUGUCCACCAGGACCUCAUGUUUUUCUGCUGGUUAUUGAUCUCAGUUUGCCUUUUACUCAAGAACACAGAAUCAGCAUUGAGGAACAUCUUAAUCUCUUUGGAGAGAGAAUCUGGUCACACAUCAUAGUGCUCUUUACACGAACAGUUUCACUGAACGACAAAUCCAUUGAGAGUCAAGGAGAAGAUCUGCAACAGAUCAUACAGAGAUGUGGAGGCAGAUUCCACAUUUUUGAUAUUGGAAAUAAGAAUGGAGCUCAAGCUGAAGAACUGCUUAUCAAGAUUGAUGGUGUUGUGGCAGAAAACAAUGGAAUGCCCUUUAAAACUAAUAAUGAAAUACUACUUGAGACUGAAAAAAAGAAAAAAUGAAAUAAAUAAAAACAAAAUCCAGACAAAUGAUUUUGAAGGAAAAAAGAGUACUGUUGAAAGAAAUAGGAGCUUUGUUUCCACUGCCUGAACUGAGAAUUGUCCUGGUGGGGUGGAUUGUUUCUGGCAAGAGUUCAACAGGAAACACUAUCUUCAAUGAUGAAAUAUUUGUGACAGGAAGAACAAAACAGUGCACAAGUCAUUCUGGCGAUGUGGAUGGCAGAAAUAUAACAGUGUUGGACACCCCAGGCUGGUGGAAGUAUUUCUCAACUAAAUUCAAUCCAGAGUUUGUACAGACUGCAAUCUUGGAGAGUGAAGGUCUAGCAGAACGUGUGAAAUUUCCCAAUGCCAUGAUCUUGACUAUUCCUGCAGACACAUCAUUUAACAAUGAACAAAAACUGGUCAUCAAAGAGUACAUGGCCAUUUUUGGAGAGGAAGUCUGGAGACAUACCAUUGUUUUGUUCACAUGUGGCGACAGAUAUCCAGACAUCUCAAUUGAGGAGCACAUUGAGAGUGAAGGUGAUGCCCUCCAGUGGCUGAUUGAGAAAUGUGGGAACAGAUAUCACGUCUUUGACAACACGGACAUGAAGAAUCGAGAUCAAGUCACAGAGCUGCUCCAGAAGAUUGAUCAGAUGGUGGCAGGAAACUGUUUGUUCCGUCUCGACACUAAGUGUGAUGCAGAAAUGAAUCUUCAUGAGACUGACACACAACAAGAUCUGGAUUUAGAGGAGGAAAUAAGUCUGGACCCACAGCAUGUGAUGAAAAUACUAAGUGAUGAGCUGAACAACAGAUUAAAGGCAAUAACAAAUAUGGCAAAUGAUUGGAUGGAUUUAACUGAAUAUAAUGACCUCGCAAGUCAGAGAAGCUUGGCAGAACCUCCUAGUUUAAAAGAGGAUGAAUCAAAGAAAGCUUCUGAAACACAGACCAACAAACAUCAACAGGAGAUCAUCCUCUGUGUACAAUACUACAUUACACUUUCAAAACAAGAGCCUGUUAAUGAAAAACUCCUGGAUCAGAUUAAAAGGGAAGGAAACAGAUGGGAAUGUAUUAUAAUGGAGAGACUCUUGAACAUUUUGCAGAAUUCUAAAGCAUUAUGUGAUGAAAAUGUGACCCAAAGACCAGGGGUUAAUGUGCAGAAGUGGCUUCAAAGUUGUGAGCAAUACAGCACAUCAAAAUAUGCUCAGUGAUCCAGCAGAAGAUCCACAGAAUACAAGCACAUCAGAGGAAACAGUGAAAUUUCAACAAACUCAACAUCAAAUCACAUUAUCAACAGUUCAGGCAGACAGUGAUCAAUGCCUGUAAAACAUUAAACACCUAGAACCAUUUUUAUUUUCUCCAUGAAUAAAUUGUAUUUGUGUAAUUAACUGAUAAUACAGAUGAUUUUAUUGAUAAUUGUACUUUGGCAAUUUUUGGCAAUUUGAUUAUAAAGCAUGAUUAAAAACAACAGACUGUUGACUAUUGUACUGUACAAUAAUCAAGAAUGAAAUAAAAUAUAAAAAUAAAGGAAAACAAAUAAAACAGAAAAUAAAAUACAGCAGGAAAUCUAUUAAUAACACUAAUAAUUAUCCAAACUCUAUCCAAACUUCAUAUUCAUAAUGCUACAUUUCAUGAUUCAGAUGAUAACUUAAAGCUGGAUUACACUACACAAAUUUAACACCGAUUUUGGCCCAGAUUUUCAGUCGGGCUGAGACGGUGCUGUCACGUUUUCAUGUGUUUUCGUUCAUGUCUUUUAUUUUGAAAACUAGUUCCUUGUUCCUGCCAUGUUUUCAUGUGUUUUGUUCUCAUUGGUUCUUUGUUUUGUUACUGUCUUGUGACCCUCUUGUUCCACCCUGUUUAUUAGUCCUGUCCCUUCAUUGGUUUAUUGCCUUGUUAUCUUGUUAUUAGUUUAGUCUUGUUAUUGGUUGUCAUUGUCAUGUGUUUGCCCAUGUCCAUGUAUUUAAGCCCUCAUGUUUGCCAUUGUCAUUUGUCAGGUAUUGUUUGGGUAAUGCUGUUUUCUCGUCUUCCAUAUCAAGUCAAGUUUAGAGUCAAGUUUUUAGUUUAGGUUCAUGUUUCAUGUUUCAUGUUUCAUGUUUAUGUUUAUAUUUUCAUUUCACAUCUUGGGUUUCAAGUUUAUGGAUUUACUGCACCAUG